UCUGAUUGGUACGCGCGGCGCAGAGCGGAAGUUGGCGUGUUAGGACUGUCUUGCCUUUGCUUCCCAUCUGUCUUAGGGUUUCAGUCUUUUUCUACUGUUUUUGACCAGCUGAGUCUAGGGAUGAGGUGAAACCCCCUGCGCUCCAGAACCUGACCCCGUCUCAGUCCUCAGACCCUCACCCACUGUCCGAAUGGAGAAACGGAAGCGCGGAUUGUAAAAUUAAGAGAUGGAAGAGAUCAUCUAAACUCUUUAAUUCUACAGACAAGUCAACUGAUGUCCAAAGAUGCUAUGUAAUUUGAUUAAAGCCACAUACUUACAGGAGUUCCAUUAAAAAACGAAAUUAAUUAAAAAGUUAGAAUCAAGUUUCGUUCCAUGGAUCCUUUGGGUGCUCCUUCUCAAUUUGUGGAUGUUGAUACUCUGCCCAACUGGCUUGAAUGGUAUGAAGCAGAUAAUUCAGAAACUCUAAGUGAAAAAUUCCAGGAUGAAGUCAUUAGAUCACCUUUUCCCUUCAAUAAAGACCUCAGUGGAAAAGUGAUUCUUUGGAAAGGAGAUGUAGCUUUACUAAAUUGUACAGCUAUUGUCAAUACCAGUAAUGAAAAUCUCACUGAUAAGAAUCCAGUGUCAGAAAGCAUCUUUAUGCUUGCAGGGCCUGACUUGAAAGAAGAACUCCAGAAACUCAAAGGUUGCCGAACAGGGGAAGCAAAGCUGACAAAAGGAUUCAAUCUGGCUGCCCGUUUCAUCAUUCACACCGUGGGACCCAAAUAUAAGAGUCGCUAUCGCACAGCAGCUGAAAGCUCCCUGUAUAGCUGCUAUAGAAAUGUACUUCAAUUGGCAACGGAACAGGCAAUGUCCUCUGUAGGAUUUUGUGUCAUCAAUUCUGCAAAAAGAGGAUAUCCUUUAGAAGAUGCUACCCAUAUAGCACUCCGCACAGUGAGAAGAUUCCUAGAGAUUCAUGGGGAGACCAUUGAAAAAGUAGUAUUUGCUGUCUCAGAGCUUGAAGAGGCCACCUACAGAAAGCUACUACCUUUAUAUUUUCCAAGGUCAUUAAAGGAAGAAAGCCAGUCUUUGCCCUACCUUCCUGCAGAUAUUGGAAAUGCAGAAGGGGAGCCAGUAGUACCAGAGCGACAGAUUAGGAUAAGUGAAAAACCAGGUGCUCUUGAUGACAACUUGGAAGAGGAAGAUGAGGGCUUAGGAGCUGAUCUCUCCUUUAUCGGAUCUCAUGCUUUUGCUCGAAUGGAGGGAGAUGUUGAUAAGCAGAGACGACUGAUCCUUCAGGGACAGCUUUCCGAGGCAGCUCUGCAGAAACAGCAUCAAAGAAAUUAUAAUCGCUGGCUAUGUCAAGCAAGAGCUGAGGAUCUAUCAGAUAUUGCUUCUUUAAAAGCCUUGUACCAAACAGGUGUGGAUAAUUGUGGUCGCACAGUGAUGGUGGUGGUUGGAAGAAACAUUCCUGUAACAUUAAUAGAUAUGGACAAGGCUCUGUUAUAUUUUAUCCAUGUAAUGGAUCAUAUUGCUGUAAAAGAAUAUGUCUUAGUAUACUUUCACACACUUACUAGCGAAUACAAUCACCUGGACUCCGACUUCCUGAAGAAACUCUAUGAUGUUGUUGAUAUCAAAUACAAGAGGAACUUGAAAGCAGUUUACUUUGUCCAUCCAACAUUUCGAUCAAAGGUAUCAACAUGGUUUUUCACCACGUUUUCUGUCUCAGGACUAAAAGACAAAAUCCACCAUGUGGACAGCCUCCACCAGCUAUUUGCUGCCAUAUCCCCAGAACAGAUUGACUUUCCACCCUUUGUUCUUGAAUAUGAUGCCAGGGAAAACGGGCCUUACUAUGCGUCUUAUCCCCCAUCACCAGAUCUAUGACCUUCCAUCUCAUAUUACUGCUGGUUUCCAAGGAUAACUCCCUCUUCAUGGCCUGCUGCCUAUUGAAUUGAAAUUCAUUUGUGCUGUACAGAAUUCAGAGAGGAUCUUUUGUCCCCACCUUUCUGAUAUUUUUUUAUUGACAGUAUAUUUUCGGGCACAUAAACAAUCUGCAAAUAUUAGGUCACUAUGCACUGUGUACCACUGUUUUAAAUUUCUAUAUGCAUAUUUAAUGGGAAUACUGAUAUUUCAGGAUAAAAUGAAGGAGAGCAACUUUCAAAUGUCUUAAAUUUCCAGAAAAGACACCAGACUACUGGACAGUCUGCCAGUUUUAAUCGUAUUGUCACCAUCAUAUUGAAAUUUGCCCUGGGUACUGAUCUAUUUGUAACAGUAUACAGUCAGGCUACAUGAAUCAAAUAGGUACAUUACUUCCAAUCCUAUUGCAUUGUUUACUUCUUAUAUAUCCAAAUACUCUAGUUAUGACAAAGAAGAGUGGUUUGAAGCUGAAAAAUGUUAGAAUUGAUUUAAGUGAAAUUCUAGUAUUGGACAAAGAAAUUAUUGAAAUGUUUAGCAGAACAUGGGCUGUGUGGACUUAAGGUGUCAGGCUUGUAUCCCUGAAUUAGAUGAUUUGUAGGGGUGCUGCUAUUUUGUUCCUAAUAGUACGAUAAAAGGAUGUCUUUUUUUUUCACUCUUUUUUAUAAUCAUAAGCGUGACCUCUUUAAAAGAUCCAGCUCUUUUAGGCCUCGUAAGUGAAUAAGAGCUACCUAACAGUUAACCAAGAAUUUAAUAAGUGUCACAGGAGGAAGAAAUUAGUGAUGUACACUUCCUUUUAGAAAUAUAUCUAUACACUGCCCUCUAACUAUGGCUGAUUUUGUGUGACUGUCACUUAUAAUACUACCUUGGGAGACCUUGUUUUAAUUAUUAGACCUUCUGGCAUUGCCUGCUUCUAUAAGGAGGGUGAGCAGACAGGAAAAGUGUGAUUUGGGGCAUCAUUACUAAUCUUGCUAUUUGUAACUCAGGCUUUACCUUAAAGGCCUGCCUAGCUAUAAAUGAGUAUAAUUUCACCUACCUCAUGAAGAUAUGAGAAGGUGUAGUAUCUGGAGAAGAUCUCAAAUAUCUUUGAGCUACAGGUGCUAAAAGAAUGUGAAGUGAUGUGACCUCUGGUUGUAAGUUACCAGUAAAAUUGGUGGGAGUGCUAGAAGACUUCUCUUAUCUCUGACUCCCUGUACUGUUUCAGCCUUUCCAGAGAAAUAUAGCUUUUGGUGCAUAAGUCCAGUUCUAGCACCUCCCACCCCUCGCUUUGUCCAAAAUUCUUUUUGCCCAUUGAUGAUAGUGUCAGUUGGAAAAGCAUUGAGGGGGAAGAUUAUUCUUAUUUGAAAAUAAAUUAUCAUUGACAUUCCUAAUGCCCCUCAAUAUUUUAGCACUCGCUCUUACCCCUGCCCCCCAGCCUUAUGCAUACACAUACAACAAUCAUUUGUAUCUGGACGACUGUUGUAAUGUGCAUAGGCUGACCAGAAGUGUGAUCUGAAGUACAAAUUCCUUUACCUCCUAAGGAUCCUUUUACUCUUUCAAUAAUACUCUUAUGUUCCAGUCAAUUCCCCAUUUUGUAAAGGAAUGCAACUUAUCUCCCAAGUACCAAAAGAGUAACUUUAGGGUAAAUUAGUUAUGGGAUUGGGCAAGUCCCUUCCCCAGUGGUUAUUAUUAAAGAGUUUAGCAAGUAAAUGGCAUCUUUUUUUUUUCUUUUUCUUUUUUUUUAGGUGAGAGACUGAAGUAUUAGUCACUUGUUCAUAGGUUAGUAAAAAUAAACAACAAACCAAAAGGUUUGUGACUAUUGGACCAAAGCAGAGUUCAACAUGUGUUGGCAACCAGUUAAAUGUAACUUUCACCUUUCUCUUUUAUAGUCAUAUUAUAAUUCCUAUCAAAAAAAGACUCCUUUGAUCUCUGGCCUGGUCUUGCCAACCACACAAAUUGAAAUAACUUCAACUUUUAAAAGAAUCAUUGAGACAGCCUUCCUAGUACACUGUCCUCAUAGAAUCUUCUUGGAUAGCAUUGGAAUAACUUUUCCACAAGGGGGUAUGAAAAUCUACAAGCAUUUCUAUAUUAAAGAGCUUAGCUAUCUUGAAUCAAAAUCUUCCCUUUUCCUUUUUUUUCUUUUUCUUUUCUGUAGGCAGUAUAACAGGCUGCUUAGAGUGAAAAUACUUGUAUUGUUCUUUGAAUUGAAGCUAUGUUUAUUGAUGUCUGUGUGUCUGUAUGAUUAUUUAUAUUUAUAAUUUAAACAAUUGCAAAUGUGCUUCAGUUAUGGGAUGGCACCCCUUUCAUCCAUCCAGUAGUUUUAAAAGGGUAUUUAUUGCUGUAGUAAUAUUGAAAAAGCUAUUAGGGAAUACUUUUUUAAAAUCUACAUAUAUAGUACUUUCAGUGUGCUAUAUAGAGAGAAAGUCUGUUAUUCACCUUAAGGAUUAGGUCAUUGAGGUAUGUUAUACAACCAAACUCAUAAUAGAAAUUUGAUUGAUUGGUUGUGACAGUUAAGAUGAAAAUUAUGUACUUCCCAGUGGGACCAGUGUGAUCUGUACAAAACACAUUUAAUGAAGUUAUUUCAUCUGACUGAGCUUUUGGAAAGAGCAGAGUGACCUUACAGUGACAAAAUGAUCAAGUAGGGUACAGUUGUCAUGUAUUAUUUGGAUGAAGAUCAGAUAGGCCAGAUAACACAGAUCUUCUGUUUCACAAACAGUCAAGGAGGGAUGAAAGGACAGCUGGGUACAACGGUUCACCAACAGCUAAUAGUAAUUCAGAGGAUGUCAAAUUGAUUAACAAAAUUCAAUUUUGGUCAUUGUGAAUGCCAAUUAAAGCUGUAGACAUGACUUAAAAACUUUAGGUAAAUUAAUUCAUGCAUGGCACCCAGGAGUUCUAAAACAGCAAAGAGUUCUUUACUAUCUUCAUUUAUUUGAGUUGCUUUGAACCAAAGAUUUUUUACAGGUAAAAUACUAUGUUAGAAAAUUCAUUCCUAAAAAAUCUUAGGCACAGUGAUCCAAAUUAAAUUUUUUUCUUUCUUUAAAUUCCAAUUUUAUCUAGCCAUGUCCUAUUUAUAUUGGUGCCUUUUUUUUAAAAAGUCAUCAGAGAAAGAAACUUCUUAUAUUUUGAAAGUUAUCAGUAGGAAUUCAACACAGAUGUUAGGGGGAAAAUGUAAAUUUAUUAUAAAAAUUCUGAUGUGGCUAAAGUUUACUAUUGGGAGAAAGAUCCCUCCCUUAUUAGAGGAGUCAAUUAUUGUAGUAAAAGAACAUUGCUCUUCUAUUUUGUCUGUUUUCAAUUCUUUGGGUUCUUAUUUUAUUCAGAUUAUGGGAAAUAGUUUUGUCUUUUUAUUGUCAAAUUCAGAAGAAAAAUAAGAAUAUGAAGUAUUAAAUGUCAGCUAAAAACUAGCUGUGACAGUCUCCCUUUAAAUUUUGCUUGUAUGUAUGUAUGUAUGUAUUCUAUAAUAUGGGGGCAUGUGUCACUAUUUUUCAAGAUGAAAAUAAGAAGGAAUGCUUAGUUCAUAAUUCAGUCAAAUGGACUGCAGUUGUUUUGAUCACAAAUGGAGAUCAUAGAUCAGUCAGUCAAACAUUUAUUAAUCAUCUUCUGGGUGCUGGGGAUAAAAAGGCCAAAGUGAAACAGGCUCAAAGAGCUUAUAUAUAUAUAUAUAAAUAUAUAUGAAAUAAAUAGAAGGUCAUUGGAAGGUGGGAAUCCUCAGGAUAUGCUUUUAUCCUAAAAUUACCAUCAGGAAUUACCAUAAUAAAGAUUCACUAAUGGCCUUUGGUUCUAUAGAUGUUAAGUACAGCCCUUGGAUACUCCUCUAGGUUUGUUCUUUGACCUAAAUUUUGAAGAAUGAAAGAUGUUAUAUGUAAGCAAGUCUCACCACAACCUCAAAACCCCAACUAUAACUGGCUCUUUCAUGUAUACUUUGCAAGUGCUGUCCUACGGCCAAUAUAUGAGGGAUACAAAGCAAUAGAUACUAUGCUUGCCAACACUUCUCAUUAAAACAGCAGGUGAUACUUGGUGAUAUCGGAUGGGAAUAGUUAGCUUUGGUUUUUUUAUGCUUUCCCAAAGAACAUUUCCAAGGUUGACUGUUGCAAAGAGAAACAAUUUGUGGAAGGGCUGCAUUGAAGAAACAUUAUAGACAUGUUUUUGCUAAUGCAAGUCACAUAGUAAAUGUAACUACUGCAUACAAUAUUUCUGUUGAAUAUUGAAAGCUAAAUACAUUAUGUAAACACACAGUCACACUUUUGUUUGUAAUGAUUUUUGUUAGUAUAAGCACACAGUCAGCACAAACUAAGCCAGGACUUUCUCAGACCAGAUCUUGCUGAUUAAAAUAAAUAAUUCUGUAAAAUCUCGAACACAUGUAAAUCAUUUUAAUUACUGCUGAGCAAUGGAAACCUAAGGGCUUUAUGUAGCUGGUAUGAUUUAAAAAUGUUUAUUCAAAAUUCAGAAAGCCUUUCCCAAGGUUUCACAUUUAAAGAUAUGUUGUUCAAUAUGCUUUUCUUGAUUUGAGAAUUUUUUUUGGUUUUGUUUUAAACUGGGACUGUAUAUGCACUUGAAGAAUGUGGAGAACCAAGAAAAAAGUGGUAACAUUCAUUCAGCGAAUAAAAAUGUAGAACAUUU